AUGGACACGGCCCUGACCAUCAGGGAAGAGGAGAACAGGAGGGCCUGGGGUGGAAUGAGAAACCCCCACCUGUCGUGCAGAAGGUUACCAAAGACGUGGGACCAAGGUGAAGCCAUCAACAAGCUCCUCACGAAAGCCCAACGCUUGUGGCCUCAGCUCAGGCACCCGGCAGAGGCCAUCCUACAGGGAAAGCAGGCCGAAGAGAUGCCGACGAUCAUCGUGGACAAGAUCAGGGAGACCAUAGUGAAGUCGCUGUGGAACUGCAAGCCGAGACCCCAGAGAACGGCCAGAGCCAGAACGCCAUUGAGGGCCGAGGUCAUUGCAGUAUGGGCCAACGACCCAGACUCCGGCAUCCUCGCGGACUGGCUGGACCACGGCGCCCCCAUGGGAUUUGCCGAAGAGGUUACCAGCACAGGAGUUUUCCCAACGGUCAGCAAGGACAUGGAAGAGGUCGAGGCCAAGACACUUGAGGGAUGGGCCAACUACUCCUCAGCGUCAGAGGAAAACAAAGUCCUUCAAGAGCUCAUCCAGGACUACAAGAAGAAGGGCUUCUGUCAUACAGCGGCAUCCAUAGAGGAAGCCACACAGGAACUCCAGAGAAAGCCCGUCCUCAACAAGUUGGGAGUCCUGGUGAAGACCAAGAUCGAAAACGGAGUCGAGGUCAAGAAGGCAAGGAUCAUCUGGGACCUCAGACGAUCGGGAGCAAACAGCUGCUGCCGCCAAGGCGAAAGAGUUCUGCUACCCAGGCUCCUGGACCUGGCUGCCUCAGCCCUCGAGGGCUUCAGGAAAUCCAAAGACUGCUGGGUCGCGGUGAUCGACAUCAGGGACGCCUUCCUCAACAUACCGGUGGGAAAGGACAGAUUCGCGCUAGCAGCAGCCAAACCGAAGAGCGAGGUAAACGACCCCUUGGAGAUCGUCCUGUUCGACACGCUGGUGUUUGGGGCGGCAAGCUCUCCCACGGUCUGGGGUAGGUUCGCAGCAUGGUUGGGCCGAACACUGGCCGCAGUAGAGCGAAGGAUGAGGGUUCAGGUCUACGUCGACGACCCGGCCUUCGUUCUAAUCGGGAGCUUCGAGGAGGCGGUGGAACAACUGACCACGGCACUGCUCUGGACUGCUAUCGCGGGCUUCCCGGUGAAACUGCAGAAAGCAAUCGGUGGAAAAGAAGUGCCCUGGAUAGGGGCAGUGCUUUCCCUGCGUACCGAGGAACAGUCAGUGGUGGUGACCAUUCCGGAGGAGAAGAUAGCCAAGCUCAAGGAGUCCACAGACAAGUUCCUACGACGGCCGGUGGCGGGAGCGAGAGAACUCAGAUCCUAUGCAGGGGCACUUUCGUUUGUGGCUGGACUGGUUCCCCACUUGCGACCUUUCCUAUCAUCCCUGUGGGCAGUUCUUCCCUCCUGUGGUGGUACGGCGAGUGACGGAGCCUGUGCCAAGGGUCGUUCCGGAAAGCUUGUACACACCAGGAGGAUAGAACCAGCCCUCAGGUGGAUAGGAGCCCUCCUGUCGGGGGAAGCGGCGCCGCUGAGAAGAGAGCUGAAAGCUCACUUCCCCGCGCUGAAUGUUACCAUCACAACCGACGCAUGCCCUUUUGGCAUGGGAGGCACGCUGAGGGUGGAGGGCGAGCUCAAAGAGAUCUUUUCCUCCGAUUUACCCCAGUUCGAGCUCCAGAAAUUCGAAGCCAGAAAGGGGGACUCCAAACACACCACCCUCUGGGAGGCGUUAGCUUUGUUGAUAGCCUGCCGUCAAUGGCUGUCCAAGUUUGUAGGUGUAGCCAAAGUCCACGUCCGAAGUGACAGCCUUUCACUUCUUCAGACACUUUUGAAGGGGCGGGCAAAGUCAAAGGAUUUAGCCAUCAUCGCCCGGGAAUUCGCUUUGGACCUCGCCAAAGACCGCUACAGAAUACACUUGCUCACGCACAUACCGGGUGUGACGAACCUCGAGGCAGACGCCUUGUCAAGGGAGCUCGCCCCGGUGGCGCUUGAGCUACCACGGUCUUUGCUGGGGGUCCCCAGGGCAUCGGUCAAACUCGGCUCAGCCAUGCCAGGCAAGAAGCGGUCCUGGCAAAAGAGCCAACAGGCCGAGCCAGCUGGCCAUGGCAAGCUCUUGCCACUUAGGGAAGGGUUCGCAAUUCCCAUUCGCGGGACUGGGAGUCCGAAGCUUCGGGAUGGCCCGGCUGGACUUUCCCAAGCUCGCGAGGGAGGCGGACCACGUCCCUAUGCGCGUGGUUCCUCGGCGGAGGCACUCGCCUACAUUGCCGAUCCAAGCCUUUGCAGCAGCACGCUGAAGAAAGACAUCAGCGCAGCCACCACAACUGGGCCAAACGAGUCCAGACGGCAGCUGUGGGCUGACCUGGCCACCAAAGCUGGCUACUCCGACCCUUUCCACCUUCGUCCUGAUAUCGUUUACGAAGUGAUGGGGGCGCUCAAACUGGCAGGUUUCAGGUCCGCACAGCUGUACCUAGAUACAGCCAAGGCACAGCACGUGUCACUGGGGUAUGCCUGGUCAGACCAGCUGCAGCAGUGCUACAGGGCUGCAGUCCGCAGCUGCCUUAGAAACAUAGGCAGCCCCAAGCAGGCCUCGCCGCUCCCGUUAGCAGAACUGGCGGCGCUGGGCGGCUCCGAAGCAGUGGUCAACGGGGGCCCUAUUUGGCCAGCAAGGGCAGCCCUCCUAGCCAGCUGGUGGCUCCUGAGGGAAAUAGAAGCAUCUCAUGCAGUGCGAGAGCACGUGGAGGUCGACGAAGGCAACCGCAGGAUUUCAUGGAGAUUGCCUUCUUCCAAAACAGAUUGGAAAGCCCUGGGAGCAACACGCUGCCACUCAUGCUCGUGCGAAUUCGCGCCUCCGGUGCAGUGUCCUUACCAUUGUAUGGUGGCACACCUCGAGGCCGUCGGGCAGCGGCCAGGGGCCCCCAUUUUCCCGUCAGCAGACGGGAGCCCCGCAUCCAAAGUUGUUUGGGCCGACACCUUCCAGUGGUUGGGCGCAGCUCUUGGGCUACCAAUCACCCACGCCAACGGCGCCAGGUGCUUCACCGGGCACACCGCCAGGGCUACAGGGGCAGUUCACCUGGCAGCCAGCCAAGUGGAAAUGUGGCGCAUCCAGCUCUUUGGAAGAUGGGGCUCUCAAGUGUUCCUCCAGUAUGUCAAGGCAGCAGUCACCCAUGAAGAGCCACCCAAACCAUCGGAUCAGCUCAUCAUGAAUCGCAACGGGGGCAAACUACAUCGGGCGCUCGUCUUCGACAGCGACAUGCACCCUCGCGAAUGGCGCGCAAGGCAGAUUCCCCGCAGCUAUGGAGGUCGCGAGGAACCAGAAGAGGCCUACUAUCCCGGCAAUGCAUCUGCUUCGGCCAUGAACGCGCCGAGCGGCUCGAACUCGGGUGAAAUUGCAGCACAGACCCACAUUUUGUCGCCCAUGUCAGCCUACUACGAUGGUCCACCAUCCUUCUUCCCGGCGCCGGCCGCGGCAGCGGUGCCCGCACCAGCGCAGGGCCACAACCACACCUGUUUGAGAGCCACGUCCGCGCUGGGGCGCGGUACGCGUGCUGAUUUAAUUGUGGCCACAGUGGGACGUCUCUACGACUUUGUGCGCGCAGGGAUCAUCAAUUUGGAGGACGUGAAUUGCCUUGUCCUGGACGAGGCUGAUCGAAUGCUGGAUAUGGGUUUCCAGGAGCAGAUCAAAGAGAUUGUUGAAUCGCACAAGAUGCCAAGUAAGGACCAUCGACAGACCAUGAUGUUCUCCGCCACCUUUCCGGAUUCGGUGCAGGAGAUGGCGAAGGACUACUUGCACGACUUCUUGAUGAUUGUUGUUGGCAGUGCAGGAAGCCCAGCGGUGACAGUGACACAGUGUGUCGAGAAAGUGGACAAGGCCGAGAAGGAACAGAAGUUGACCGACUUCGUCACCGAGGUCUUGAAGAGAGAUCCGGACAAUCGAAUUCUGGUCUUCACCAACAGCAAAAACAGCGCCAAAUUCUUGGACGAGAAGCUGUAUGCCGGAACUGCUACCACUGCGGCCCUUCACGGGGAUCUGGACCAACCCAAGCGCGAAGAACACUUGGAGAGUUUCCGGCGCGGCACGGUGGACAUCAUGAUCGCAACCGAUGUGGCUUCCAGGGGGCUGGACAUCAGCCGAGUCACCCAUGUGGUCAACUACGAUGCGCCCAAAGAGAUCUCCCUUUACGUGCACCGAAUCGGGCGCACGGGGCGCAUUGGACAUCGUGGGACUGCACUGACCUACAUUACUUAUGAGGACUCUUGGUGCAUGGAUAGUGAUGAUUUUUUGAGGGACUUGCCCGAUGUGAUGCAGGGUGCUCCUAAUACCUGGGUUCCGGAUUGGUUGCAGGAACUGAGCGAUAGCAAGAAAGGAGAUGUGUGGAACUACAAGAAGCCGGAGUGGGGCACCAGCGAUGUGCGCGACCGCGGCAAUGAGCAGUCUGGGUUUCAGGGAUGGGGGGAAUCCACUCAGGACGCCACGAACCAAGAUUGGUCUGCUUGGAACGGCACGAAUGGCAACGCAGGUGCCAACGGCAAUUCCAACAAUUGGAACAACAACAACUCCUGGAACUAG